GUUGAUUUCGUGCCGUGUGCAAAAGUUUGACAGCUGAGAAACAGGAAAUAGGUUUAAGAAGUGGGUUUGUGGAGUGUUCAAAAUAUUUCAUGAGGAAUUUAAAUUGUUACAGUUGAAAUUAUUGGAAAAUAAUGUCGAUUCUUACAUUGGAAGCGAAAUUAGAGAGACAGGAGUCGACGACACCAUGGGGAUUUCGUAUGCAGGGAGGCAAAGACUUCAGUAGUCCCAUCACAAUUGCUCGAGUCACGGCUGGCAGUUUAGCAGCAAAAUGUGGUCUUCAGCAAGGAGACAUUAUCCUUAAGAUUGGCAGCAAGGCCAGCGAAACAUUGAAACACAAGGAUGCACAAGAUGCCAUAGUGUCAUAUGGAAACAAAUUAGAUCUUUUACUGCAGAGGUAAGCAUUAGAGCUAGGAA